CUCCUGGCUUCCAGGUACGCUUCCGGGCCAUUCUAGGCCCUUCCCGGCCUCCGCUCCCUUUCAGUCCCCGACCUGCCCCAGAACGCUGUCGUCUCACAGGCACGCGCUCUCCCCACUUCCCGCCCCGGCCCCGCCCCCGCGCCAGAUUUGAAGACUCGCUCCCGCCACAGUGGGCGGGUCGCGUGUCCUGCCAGCAGAGGACCCAUGGCGAGCAUCUCUGGAGAGGCGUCUCGGAGGUGGCAGAACCUGAUCUGGGCCUGGGAGGGGAAGACUUCAGGAAAGAGAAAAUGGGAAGCAAAACUGAAGCAAAUUGAAGAACGAGCAUCCCGUUAUGAGAGGGAACCAUUGUCCUUGGUGUACAGACCAAGAUUGUCUAAGCCAGAAGAACCACCAUCCAUUUGGAAACUAUUUCAUCGGCAAACUCAAGCUUUUAAUUUUGUUAAAAGCUGUAAAGAGGACGUUCAUGUAUUUGCUUUGGAAUGCAAGGUGGGCGAUGGACAACGUAUUUACCUCGUAACAACGUAUGCUCAACUUUGGUUUUACUAUAAAUCCCGACUUGCCAAUCCAGGAGCUGAUGGGAAAAAGAUGGUUGCAUUACUCAUUGAGCAUGUUUGUAAAGCACUUCAACAGUUUUACAGGGUUAGUUGUUCAGCUGAAGAUGUUCUCAACUUGGAUUCUAGCACCAGUGAAAAAUUUAGCCGCCAUUUAAUAUUUCAACUCCAUGAUGUGGCAUUUAAAGAUAAUAUUCAUGUUGGUAAUUUUGUGAGAAAAAUUUUAGAGCCUGCUUUUCACUUAAUUGCUAGUGAAGAUGAUGAUAUGACUCCAGAGACAACGGGCCAUGAAUUUUCCCAUUUUUCUGAAACACCAAUUAAACAAGGAAUUUCCUUUAGCAAAAAGUCCACAGAUGAGGAUAUAGGAGAGAGCUGGACAACGAAUUCAGAGAAACUGGAGAGGCUGGGGUCAGCUAAGCAAAGCAGUCCUGAUCUUUCAUUUUUAAUUGUGAAGAAUAACAUAGGAGAAAAGCAUCUUUUUGUAGAUCUAGGAGUUUAUACAAGAAAUAGAAACUUUCGACUGUAUAAAUCAUCAAAAAUAGGAAAGUGUGUGCCUUUGGAGGUUGCUGAAGAUAACAGAUUUUAUCCUAUACAAUCGAAGAAUAUUUCCAAAGAAAAUCAAUAUUUCCUCUCUGCUUUGGUCAGCAAUGUCAGAUUCUCAGAUACUUUACGAAUUCUGACAUGUGACAUAUCUCAAAAUAAACAAAAACGAGUUGAGUAUUUUAACCAUACCAGUACUUCAGUAGAAACUAUUGAAGGUUUUCAGUGUUCACCUUACCCUGAAAUUGAUCAAUUUGUUCUCUUGUUGGUGAAUAAAAAUGGCAUUAAAGGAGGAAUUCGGCGUUGGAACUACUUUUUCCCAGAAGAAUUAUUGGUUUAUGAUAUUUGUAAAUACCGCUGGUGUGAAAACAUUGGAAGAGCCCACAAGAGUAAUAAUAUCAUGAUUUUGGUUGACCUGAAAAAUGAAGUUUGGUAUCAAAAAUGUCAUGACCCUAUAUGUAAAGCAGAAAACUUCAAAUCUGACUGUUUCCCAUUACCUGCUGAAGUAUGUCUCCUGUUUCUUCUCAAAGAGGAAGAGGAGUUUACAGCAGAUAAAACAAGGAACAACGAAACCAAGAAUCCUCAUGAACCAUCAUCUAGUGCAUCGUCAAAAGGUACAUUUUCUGAUGCUGACUGGGAUAAUGGCAUUGAUGAUGCUUAUAUUUUGGAGGCUACAGAAGAUGCUGAAUUGGCAGAAGCUGCAGAGAACAGUCUUCUCGGUUAUAAUGGAAUUGAUGAAAUUCCUGAUGAACUAAUUAUAGAAGUAUUACAAGAGUAGCUAAUUAUGGACACUUACAUAACUAGGCUGUAAUUUGCUUGAAAACGGAUUUAAUAACAAACUGUAGUAACUUAUAAAGCCUGUUGUAUCAGCUAAGUUUUAUUAUUUUGCUUCCAAAUCUUAUUU